AUGAUCCAUGACGUCAUCCGUGCCAGCAUCAAGGGCGAAGCUGUUCCGUUAGAGCUCAUCCGAGAUCAAUCACUCACCAUAUCAGACAAUUUGAUGGCAUUAGUUUCACAGGGAUUUGCUCUAGUCACUCCCGCCUCGAGAGGCAUAGGGCUUGCAUCCGCGCAACAGCUGCUUACUCAAACCCAGCUCCCGGUCGUGGCAACUGCGCGCAGGAACUGCGACGAAGUUCGAGACCGAAUCCUCUCCUGCAAAACCCUUUCAUCGGAUGCAGAGAAAAGGCUUCGGAUGUUCGAGGUCGACGUCAAACAUGAAUCCACCAUAUCAUCGAUGACAGAUACUAUCCGAAAAGAGUAUCCUGAAACACCACUUCGGCUCGCCCUGACAGUUCCUGGAAUCCUUCAUGUUGAUAAGUCGCCAUCGCAGGUUGAUGCUGCCAGCGCACUGGAGAGCUUCCAGGUCAAUGCCCUCGGUCCGCUUCUACUUAUGAAGCAUCUUUCUCAGUUGCUGCCAACCCGAUCUGCAUCUGCAUUUGAACCCACCAGUGCAUCCGGAUCCAACAGAAACAAUUCGUUGAAUCUACCAUCUCAUGCUAUAUAUGCAAUGAUGGCAGCCCGAGUCGGCUCGGUUUCUGAUAACUCGUCCGGAGGCUGGUACUCGUACCGCGCGAGCAAGGCAUCGGUAUUCCAAUUGGCGAAAUCAUUUGAUCUAUAUCUGCGAUCAAGGUCAGGCCAGAAGGCUCUUGCGGUGGCCUUACAUCCUGGGACGGUGCGCACCGAUUUUACAAAGGAGUUUUGGAAAGGGAGAGAUAUGCUGGAGCCUUUGGAUUCGGCGGAGCGUUUGUUGCGAUUCCUCGUGGAGAUGCCCCCCGAUAUCAAAAGUGGAAGAGGGAGGUGCUGGGAUUGGAAGGGAAAUGAAGUGUACCCAUGA